UCCUCGUCCAGACCUUCCCUCGCUCAAUCUGCCAGCAUCGCUCUUCCAAAAAAAGGGGCCAUGGUAGUGAGCUCUUCUGCGUUACCAGACGCUAGCACGGAGACCUCUUCGAUGAUAGACCUAGAGGCCAUUCAUGAUUUUGCUACGGACCUCGCUGUGCGUGCAGGGGCUCUUCUCCGGCAAGCUGCCUUUUCCCGUUCUCAAGCCGGAUAUCUCCCACCCCCUGUCGCCUCCUCCUCCUCCUCCUCAUCAAAUGACACAAGUCUCUCGGAAACUCCAGAUCUGGAUGUGAGGGAUAAACAGUCCAAUGUGGACAUUGUCACCGAGACUGACCUACGAGUCGAGAAAUUUAUCCUCGAGGAGAUUCAAAAACGCUACCCUGGACAUGCCCUUUUGGCCGAAGAAACGUAUGCGGCGGGAGGUAGUAAGCGCUUUGGUCUUACGGACGAGGCGACUUGGAUCGUUGAUCCACUGGACGGAACGGUCAACUUCCUACACCUGUUUCCAUUCGUGUGUGUAUCCAUUGGGUUUACGAUCAAUAAGGUGCCGGUAGUGGGAGCCAUCUAUGCGCCCAUGCUGGGAGGACUCGAUCCUCGUGCUUCGGGAGGUACACUCUGGUCUUCAUGUCAAGGGAGAGGAGCCUACCAGUCCUAUCCCUCCACGACAGACUCGACGCAAUGCUCAUUGGCAUUCCUAGAGCGGUAUGCCUGCUCAGCAAUGCCAAGACCACAACCUGUUACUAGUACUACUCCUGCUGCAACCACCGCUGGGGCUACCACCUCCACCACCUCGACUUCAGCGGAUCCCUCUUCCUCCUCCUCCUCUUCUGCCGCUCCUCAACCACCAGGACCUCAGCCUCUGCGUCUACCCCUCCAACCCACCCGUCCCCUCUCCCGCCAAGCUCCCAGCGGUCUCCUCAUAGCCUCCGAAUGGGGCAAAGAUCGUCGAGCCAACCCCGAUGGGAAUCUUCUCCGCAAAGCAAACUCCUUUCUCAAUCUUGCCGGUGAAAAGGGAAGUCGUAAUGGACUUGGUGGUCAAAUUCAAGGUCUGAGGAGUAUGGGAAGUGCAGCAUUAGAUUUAGCAUUUUGCGCUUCGGGAACCAUCGAUGUGUUUUGGGAAGGAGGUUGUUGGGAAUGGGACGUUUGUGCUGGACUGGCAGUAUUGUACGAGGCUGGGGGUAUAGCUACAGAGGGGAAUGCUCCUCCUCCUGACUUGCCAUUGUGGGAUUCCAAGAGCGGAAUGAGACUCCCAAGACCAUCAUUGGGUGCUAGACGCUUCCUUUGCGUUAGACCAUGCCUGGUAGGAUCGCCUGCGGGGGAAAAAGGAGAAGAAGAAGAGACGGCAGUACAGGCUCAGGAGAGGGUGGUGAGGAGCAUUUGGCAGAGGUUGCACUUGGGUGGAUUAGCUUAUCAACGAGAGGGCGUAGAGUACGCCUACUAAGAGACGCAAAGAAAAAUGAUGUCGCCAGAAGGAAGGGAAGGCCGGACGGACAGUCUGGUAGUGAGCUUUGUGGGCAUGAGACAUAGCUUUUUGUAUAAUGAGACAAUUGCGACAUGCACGCUUAGGUCGA